UGUACUUUUUCAACUUUUAAGGCGACGCUGUUUACUUCUCCAUCUCUUGUCCUGGUGCACUACUGCACUUCCGGGCUGAUCUUAAAUCCCACCCCCCAAUUAUCAUCAUUGGCUACGUCUUUUUGCUUUGGUCUUAGUGAUUGGCUAAAAUGUAUCAAAUAAUGUAUCCAAGUCCCGAAGUCAUCCAAAACUGCAACAUUUAACCUAAUACGUUACUGUUACAAUUUGGGAUAUGCGGCAAUACACUCUGUGACGACAAACUGCAAUGCAGUGAAACAUGGUUAAUCGCAAUAAACCAGAUUAUUUCUAAUGAGAAAUUACUUUUAUUUUAUAUAUAAGUUGAAUCGUUAUCCUCAAGUGACAAAUAUGCGUUAUCCCAAUAUUUACAUUAAAAAAAUGCAUACCACACUAAAUCUGUCAUGUACGCCUGCCAAUCAAAAUCCGAUCCGGCUUCUGAUGCGUAGGUGAUUGGAGGAUCUGGAAGAAAGGGCAGGUGCAUUUGAAAGUCCAAAAGGGAUGGACCAGUUGUGUACGUUGCGGCAGCAGGCAACUCAUGGGACAGAAGAAACCCCCUCCAAAAAACGCCACUCUACCUCAGUUUCCCUUUCCUGGAUGCAAAGUGCUAUAAACCAAAAUGAAGAGCCUCAAGGCAAAGUUUAAGAAGAAUGAGAGUCAGGACUGGAGUAAGAGCGAUGAGAGACUACUGCAGGCUGUAGAGCAGAACGAGCCUGACAAAGUAGCUGCCCUGAUUGUGAAGAAGGGACUUUGUCCCACCAAACUGGACGUGGAGGGAAAGUCAGCGUUCCAUCUCUGUGCGUCUCGAGGUCGUCUGGACUGCUUGGAGGUCAUCCUGGCUCACGGGCCAGACAUUAACGUGACAGAUGGUACAGGCUUCAGUGCCCUUCACCUAGCAGCAAAGAACUGCCAGCCUGAGUGCCUGAAGAGACUAUUACAGGAGAGAUUGUCUGUAGACUCCUCAGACAGCUUUGGCCGGACAGCUUUGCAUCACGCAGCUGUGAGCGGCUGCUUGUCCUGCACUGAGACUCUGUGGGACUUCAAGGCCAGUCUGGAUGCCCAGGACGGGGAUGGGGUGACCGCGCUGAUCCUAGGAGCCCAGAUGAGCAGAGUGGAGCUGUGUGCUUUCCUGUUGGACCGAGGAGCCAAUCCCAACAUACAGGACAGCCAGGGCAGGUCAGCCCUGAUGUUGGCCUGUGAGAGUGACAGUGCAGAGACUGUGGAGGCAUUACUAAGGGGAGGGGCUAACCCACAUCUGGCCGACGCCCUCGGACACCACGCAGCCCACUACAGCGCAACUGCCGGCAACCAGCGCAUUGCACAGCUGCUGCAAAACAGAGCUCCAGCCACUGAGGGCAAUGGAGAAGAGCGACAGCCCCCUCCUCCCCCUCCCCUACCAGGGGGUACGACCCCCCGUAAGAGAAAAGCCCCCCCUCCUCCACGCUCCCCUCCCCAGGGCUCCCCGCCAUCUCCUGCCUCCCAGAGCCCUCCUCCCCCUGCCUCUUCUGAGCCUCAGAUCCAGAGACCCGCUCCCCUUCCUCAGUCCCCAGAGACGCAGCGCUCUGCUCAGGCUAACCUUAUGGAGGAUGAGGAGGUGUUUGAGGAGAUCCGCAGACUGCGUCUGGAAAGGGGACGUCUGCUCCAGAAGAUCAAAGGUCUGGAGCAGCAGCAGAACAGCGCCCACACUGCCCUGGAGGAGCUGACUCAGCUGAGAGAGCGUCUGCAGCAGGCGGAGGCAGAGCGGGACAGGCUGCAGACUGAGCUGGAGGAGCUGAAGGCAGGUCAGGUGAUCGGUGCCAGUGACUCAGAUGACGACAUGCUGGACUUCCCAGGUGCUGAGAAGCUGCUCUCCAGACGGUCGAGAGAGUCUCCCUCUGCUCUGGACGAGGGGGUGGCAGACUCCCUCAACCCCACCUCUCCUGGUGCUGCAGACUCAGACACUGUGGCUGAGCUACGCAGACAGCUGAAGGAGCUGGCCUUACAGAAUCAGGAGCUGGUCCUGAAAGUGCAGAUGCUGGAGAUGUUUGAGAAAGAUGACACUGACAUGCAGACAUCCGGCCCAGACUUUGUCCCCACGGCUCUGUAUGACUCCCUGAGGAGGGAGUUUGAAGCUCUGCAGGAGCAUUACUCCCAGGCCCAGGCUUCAGCUGAGGCCUCCAGCAUGGCAGGGGAACAGUGGUAAGGAUUACCACCCACACCAUCUUACGCGAGCCACCUUAUACCUUCUGGAUAAGAGCAUCUACUAAAUGACUAAAAUGUCACAUUCACACCACCCACCAGGGUUCGAGUUCAAUUUAUAGAGGUGCCCUGGGGUGCUGAGCACUACCAUGAGGGCACCCCGGUAAGGACUAAAGUAUUAAAUCAACAUGGACACCCCCUAAAGGGUUCAAAAUAUUAACACUGGUUCAGCCCACUAUUUUUAGCAUCUUUAAGCCCACUAUUUAAGAGUCUGUGUGUAAUUUGAACCCUGCCAGCCACAGUAUUGUAAUUAGAAGAUUCUAGCUAACAUAAUAUGCCUCUACAACCAUAGUUAGACCUCUCACUUCACUUCAGUUCUGAGGUUUGUUGUCUUUUACACCUGCAUUGCUUGCUGUUUGGAGUUUUAGGCUGGGUUUCUGUACAGCACUUUGAGAUAUCAGCUGAUGUAAGAAGGGCUAUAUAAAUUGAUU